AAAUAUGCAGGGAAAGAUAUUCACGUACCUCAGUGUUCUCUCGCCGUUCUGGGAGCCGUCGACAGCAUUGAUACACUUCUCCGCGUCUUCUUUUCGAGCGAAUGUUACGUAGACGCCCACCGACUGCUGGUGCUGAGCGUUCUCCUUGGCCUUGCUUACGACGAUCUUGAGGAUCUUGCCGUACUGCCCAAAGUAGUCGUCACCGCGGAGGGUCUUGAGCAGUUCGUCUUCGCGUAUGGUGGGCGUGAGACCGGUAACGUAUACGAGGUUCUUCUGGACGACACGCAGCCCAGAUAGGUGCUUGCGGCUGAGAGAGUCGGCUUCGGCCUUCUGCGCUUCCUUCUGCCGUAUCUGCGCGUUCUUCUUGGCCUUUUGCGCUAUGAGCUGCUUGUGCUGUGCCAUCCUGCCCAGUGUCAGAAGUGUUAUGCAGGGAAGAUGUAAGGGACGACCCACUCUUCGGGGGAGAUGGUCUUCCACUCGAUCGUGGAGUCAUCGUAGGGUCUGCGACAUGCGGGGCACAGCCCGUUCAUGGUGGUUUUGAUGUUGUUGUAGCAGAACUGGCAUAUCUGGCACGUGAGUUAGCACGGGGGACUCGA